UUAUCAUCAACCGUUCAAAUUCCAGCCGAUUCCUACGAACUAACAUGUUUACUCUAGUUUGACAAUAGUUAGUUAACGAUUAUACUAGUGAAUGUGUUUGAAGUCUGUUGUCACAUCUUAUUAAUAGAUCUUAUAGUCUGGAAUAGGGUUAGGCAUUUCCAUGUGUGACAUCACAGUAGAAUUCGCCGGGGGCGCCGAACUUCUGUUCGAUAAUAAAAAAAAACACAAUAUAACUUUGCCGCCAGCUGACGAAGGAUCCGUCUGGACGGUAACGCGCUUAAUUCACUGGUUGGCUAAGAAUCUCCUCACCGGAAACCCAGAUCUAUUUAUUCAGAAAGAUUCAAUUCGACCGGGAAUCCUUGUAUUGGUCAACGACACCGACUGGGAGCUUCUCCUUGUUUCAUAUUCCUAUCAUAACCGUAAGCUGGACAUAUGCUCAUGUUAAUAGCCCCUGUUCAUUACAUUUUGGUAAACUUGUUACUCGGCUUUUAAGGGUAAUGGAGACUACGCAAUACAAAACAAGGACUCCGUCUUAUUUAUGUCAACGCUUCAUGGCGGUUGAUUUCAAACGAA